AUGAAAGCAAGAGCAACCGCGUGGAAAGAGCUCAUGUACAACCCGAUGCAGGAAGACUUUGACAAAAUGAAGCGCUCGUGCAUCCCGCCCGAGGCGCUCCAGAACAUUGAAGUGGACAUUGAGCGAUCAGUGCACGCCGAGCACGCCCCAAUGGGCGCCUUGGGCCAAGAGGUGCGGAAAUACAGCGCGCCCGAAAGAAAAAAGGAGCUAAAGGAAGUGCUUGUUGCGUUUGCAAAGUACAAUAGCUCGAUCGAGUACUGCCAGGGCCUCUCCUACUAUGCAGCAUUUCUCUUGCACUUCUACACCGCGGAAGAGUCUUUUUCCAUACUGUGCCGCACAAUACAAAAGAACCGGAUAGAAAGGCUGUUUGACAAAAAGCUGUCCCUGGUGGCAAAGGUGCUCAGCGUGCACGAAAGAGUCCUUAACCUGACGCUUCCCGAAACCAUAAGAAAAAGCGUCCAGAAAAUCAGCAACAGCACGCACGACUACUCUGCAGGGUGGUACCUUACCCUGUUUUCGCGUCUCUCCCCGGCAGUGUAUGCAAUCAUUCUGGACCUCUUCUACGCGCGCGGGUUUCCGGUUUUGUUUCAUGCUGCUUCAGCACUCGUAGAGGUUGGCCAUAGAGCAUACAUAACUGAAAGAAUAAAAGAGCCAGACCAAAGAAUGCAAAUACUCUUCAAGCUGGCCGAGUACCCAAUACCAGAAAAAGAGUUUGCCGAAACCAUGCACAGGAACAUACAAAUGGUCAGCCUCCAGACCAUUGAGCAUAUGCUGUCAGAAAUCGAGCAGCCUGAGUAA